AGGGUGAAACUUAUAGUUCUAUCUAAAAUUUUCUUUAAAAAUACAAGAAAUAAGGAAAAUUUACUAACUUAUUUUAAAUAACAGAGCUGAUAUGUGAUUUCAUGUUUCCUUACUAUAGAAAAAGAUAGCAUGGUGGAGAGAAUGCACAGAAGAGUUAUUGCAAUGACACUUGACUGAUUUACAAUUUUUGAGGUUUGUGGAACAGCUUAAAGUUUUGGAUUUAUUGUCUCUGGAGAGUAGAAGAAUUAGAGGGAUCUUGAUUUAGUAUGGCUACAGACUCUGUACCAGUUGAGACUGUGUUGACUGAGGAAGAUGGUGAAUUCAAUAUUCCAGCAGAAAGCCCAGUAAAUAUGCAGGAAAAACAGUUUUCUGGAAGUAAUAACUCUACACUUUCUGAGUCAGACUUCAGCCCACUAGAUGUGACUUUGAGAAGAAAUAUAGCUCAUUGUAGCAUUGCAAAUGUUCCUCGUUCCAUAUCUAGAAUGCCUUUUGAAGAAAGUAGGCCUAUUAAUUCUAUGAGCUCUAGUUCAGAAAAUGACAAAUGGAGCAGUGAUGGAAAACAUCCACAUCUCAUUUCUUCUGAAGACUAUACUGAAGAGCUGAAGAGAAAUAAAACUCAGAAUUAUUUGCUGCUUUCAGGACCUCAGGAUAAGCUUUAUGGCAGGAUACAUUCACAAUUGACAUAUAAGGAGCAGGAGAGAAUACGACAAAGAAGCAUGAUGCAACUUAAACGUCAAGAUCCAUUUUUCCGAGCAGUGGAAAGAGAAAAGCAACGAACCAGGAUGAAAACUCGGCGACAAGACCCCUUGUUUCGAAACAUAGAGAGAGAGCGUCAGCGCAUACGUAUGAAAAUGAAAAGACAAGAUCCCAUAUUUAGACAGAAAGAAAGAGAGCGACAGAAGUAUCGUAUGCAGUUGAAACGACAGGAUCCAGUUUUUAAGGAACAAGAAAAAGCACGGGGUCGCUCUAGAUCACAAAUGAAAAGAAAAUGUUCCCAGAUUAUGACUGAAUACCAGAAUAAACAUAGGAAAGUGUUUGAACCUUAUAUUCAGUUCUGUGAGCCUGUCACACGUGAAGAGAGUGUAAAACAUUUACAGCAACAAGCAUUAAAAGAAAAAUCUAAUUAUACAGUCUCCUCAAAAGAAAAAACACAACCAACUUGUGGUAAUGAGUCUCUCAUGAGCACAAGUAAUGGGAGCUGUGAUAUGCAGCCUACUUCACAACCUCAGAACAAAAAUGACACUUCUGAUAUAAUGGCCUUUGGCUAUUACAGACCUAAUGUAUCGCAUUGUACUUCUGCUUCAUCUCUUUCUUGUUUGUUAAGAACAACAGGAGAUGUAAAGACACUAUCAGACAUAUCAACCAUUGCUCUACAUUCCUCUGUAGCUAUUAAUUCAGAAGCUCUACGAGGGGAUCACCAUAGCCAUCAAGGUGCUAUACCAAAUGUAGUUUCUGUAAUGAACCCUCUUUUGCAGUCUUACAUGUCUGCAGCUAGUGGUUUUGUGAAAGGUAACCAGCUACCCCAACAGAAAACUUCACCAGCAAGAUUACCCUGUAGUCCACAUUUCAUUCAUAACAAAGACAGGACAGAAAAUCAAGGGAUUGGAGCAAGAGAGAAUUUACAACAUCACUUCAAGUCUCCAGAGUAUUUAAAUCAGACUUCUCCUGGUUUAGCAUCACGUUAUAUCAAUGAACAAAACUCACCUGUUGCAACGUGCCCUAUCAAUGCCCUUCCAGAUCCAAAUAACACCUGUAGGAAUGUGUCUACUAACUCUGGCCAAAGAAAACCUUCCUUUUCCAGUCCACGAACUAGUAAUGGUGGACCUUUCAGCUGCUUGGAGUGUGGAGCUCAGCUUCAGACACUGUCUGGUUACCGUUACCACCAGCAAGGUCACUCUGGAGAUAUAGUAUAUAAAUGUGAUAUGUGUGGGAAGGCAUAUAGUAAUAGAGGAAGCUACUUUCGUCACAUGAAGCAUCAUACAGAAAGUUUCGAGUGUCAGAUUUGUAAUAAAGUGUUCCACAUGAAACAACAUCUCAAAGAACACAUGAAAAGUCAUGGAGACAAGAAUCUCUGCUGUCCACAUUGUGACUACAAAACAUGCUACAAGUAUGCGUUAAAUAGACAUAUUGCUAUCAGACAUACGUUCAGUGGAAAUGAGCCAUGUCCAUCGUGUGGUGUGAUACUAAAGUCUUAUAGACAACUUGUUCGACAUCAAGAAGCUUGUAGAAGUCUUUCACUGAAAGCAGUACCAUGUACUGCUGUAGCAGCAACUGUUUAAACACUGUUAAAAUAUCAGCAACAGCUUUUUAAACACUUUGUUUAUAUAGUCAAAUCAUGAAGUACAUUGUAGUCAUUUAAUUGACAUGUAUAAAAAAAAUCAAUUUCUUUUCCUCCUUGAGACUGACAGUCUUUUCCACUGAUGUAAAUAUGUACAAACAUUAUAUGUAUGUAGCAUUGCGUCUUUAGUUUCUUGGGAUAAUGUAUUACACUAAUUUUGGACUAUUAAAAAUUGUGGCAAUAGAUAAUAAACAGAAGAAGAAUUUUAGUAAAUGAACAUGGCCCCCUAGAGAAACUACCGACUUAGUUAAUAAAAUUAAGUACAAGGAGUAUUAAAAAUCAGAAAGUCUAUCAGCUGAAGUUUCUUCAGUUUCAUUUUAUAAGAAACUAAUAAACAAAAACUAAAGUUUCUUAACAGUCAUAGGAGUAACAGUCCGUAUCCAAGAGACAUAAAAGCUUGAAACUGCAGGUAAGUACAUGUUUAUAAAUUAAAUAUUCUUUACAGUAUCAAAUGUACUGGUGUUUGCCAGUGAAUUUAUCUUUAGUUUUGUUUCGUGACUAGCCAUUACUGGAUUAAUCCCAUUGAUAGUAGUGUGCCUUAGCAACCACAGAGACACUACAAUGAUCACCCAUGAAAAUAUUCAUGUCCUGUAAGUACAUUAACAGUUUACUUCUCUGUUAAACAGAAUUAGAUGGGCUAUUGAUUGUCAUGAAAAACUGUUUUGAUUCCUUCCUAGCAGGGUUUCAAGUCUCCAUACCAGAAAAAUUAGGAAAAGGACAGGUUAAAAAAAGCUGUAAAAAUUAGGACUUUUAUAACAGAAACUAGGAAGAUGUAACUGUAGAUCUUGCAAAUAUUUUGCCUCAAAUAUUAACACAUCCUACUCACAAGUGUCUCUCAGGAUUCAAUGCUUUUAGCUAGUCUAUACUGAUGAAGACUUUUAACAAUAAUUUGCUAUUCAUUAGUUUAUGUGUAUCAUUACAAUAAAUCAACAUGAACCACAUAACUUUUUUCUCUUAUCAAUAGAAAUGUACAAUACAUCAAAUUACAUAAUAAAUUAAAAGACCUUCACUUCACAUCAAAACAUUUAAAGUAACACUAUGUUUAUAGGGCAAAAUAUUACCUCUACGUAUAUUAUUUGUACAAUGUAUAUAAUAAGACUAAGUAACUGCCUACAAUGCUUAAUUUUUAAAUCUUGUAAUUAAUCAAAACUGUAGUAUUACUUCAGAAAAUGUACAGCACUAGCAUGAAUAUGAGUGUAUGAGAAUACACAAGUGUGAAAUAUUUGUUUAUUUAUUUUUUUAGAUGAUGAGAUAGUCAUUUAUGAUUUUCAUUUCUUGGAGUCAGUUUUUCUUUCUUUCCUUACUGUCCUGAUCAAGUUGCUUUCUUCAAUUAGACCUUUUCUUGGAUGCACCUUUAUAAGGCUACAGGUAAUAGAUGCUCGACUGGCAAUCUGUUGAUUGUGGAAUAAAAAUCCGGCACUGAAAAUUCUUGCCCUUUCAGUCAUGGAAGUGUUAUAAAGCAUUGGUUUAUCCCAUUAUUAGUGGGUAAAGAGUAGCCCAAGAGUUGUAAAAAUGACAAGUGAUUGAAUUAUUUUGUCAUACAACAAAUGCUUAAGAGGGCCCUUUUCCUGAUAAAACAAAAAAAGUAGGAAUUUGUUGAACACACACACAUAUAUAUAUAUAUAUAUUGAAGAAAUUUCAAUUGGAUAAGCAUUUAAGUGUUUAAUCUACAUGAUAUCCUUUGGUAUCUUUCAUAUCUGACAAGAGAUAUGUUUUUUCAAAGAUCUUUGAGAAAGAGUAUUUCUCUAGUGCAGGCCUCUACUCAAUAAUCCUAAUCAUUGCAGGCAUUAGGCUCAACCAUGUGUACUGAACAUGUCUUAUCCUCAUACAACCCUAGAUCAAACAGAACUCCAGAGAAAUCCUCCUUAAGCCAGAAGAAUAAAUUAGAGAUAGCAGUUCUGCAUUUUCACCCUCGCCUAUAAGUCCUGUGCAAGAUGCAUUUUGAAUCACAAACAUGGUACAAAGAAUAACAGGCAUCAAUCCAAGAACGUGUAACCUUUCACUAUUUCAUUUAUCUUUGUCCAUAGAGGUUAUUCACAUUUGAACCAUCUGAGUGAAUGGCAAGAAACCUGAUUCCUGAAAAAUUCAAGAAUCAUGUGGGCCACAUCUACCAAGAGCGUGCCAGACAUGAUAGAUUUCCAGAAAGAUACACCUGUGUACGUCUGACUAGUACCUGAUUAAAAUAUCAAACUACAGUAAAUCCUGAAUUUAAUGAGUAAUAUUGUAAUAUUGGUCUUUGUAAAAGUAGGGUAGCAGUCGAUCAUAAAUUAAGUAGGAAUCAUUUGUGCAGCUCACUUGAAAAUUCUCAACUAUAGCUUUGGAAGAGAUCAGAGAUACCAUCACA